AUGGCGGAUCACAGCAUCAAACUCACGACCCUCUCUGCUUUCCUCGUCCUGUUCAUCCUCCUCCUGCAAUCUCACAUCGCAAUCUCUCAAGAAGUCGCUGACAAGAUGGAGUUCAGCUACCAGAAAGGGAGCGAGUUGGGUCCAGAGCACUGGGGGCACAUCCACAAGGAGUGGGCGGCCUGCGGCCAAGGCCAGAUGCAGUCGCCGGUGGACCUCUCUGACGAUCGCGUCGAGAUUCUGCCCCUCCUGGGCUUCCUCCGCCGUUCUUACCGCCCCGCCGCUACCGUGCUCAAAAACCGCGGCCACGACAUCAUGCUCCGGUUCGAAGGCAACGCCGGAAGUGUGCGAAUCGACGGAAGCGAGUACGCUCUGAAGCAGCUGCACUGGCACUCGCCGUCGGAGCACACCAUCAACGGACGCAGGUUCCAUAUGGAGCUCCACAUGGUUCAUCAGACCGCCGACAACCGCACUGCCGUCGUUGGCAUUCUCUACACCCUCGGCCGCAGUGAACCCUUCCUCGCCAAGGUCCUUCAUUAA